UUCCCUAACCGGAAGAAGCAGCCCUCAUCACCAGAAGUUGAAAGGGGAAAAAACCUGAAAAUUUUGCGUUUGGGAAGCGAGAAAGUGCGAGAAAAUGAGCGGAGCAGGAAAGAAAGUAGUGGAUGUGGCCUUCAAAGCAUCAAAGAACAUUGAUUGGGAAGGGAUGGCUAAGCUUUUGGUCACCGAUGAGGCUCGCAAAGAGUUCGCCACUCUUCGUCGAGCUUUCGAUGAGGUUAACUCCACUUUGCAGACCAAGUUCAGCCAGGAACCUGAACCCAUUGACUGGGAAUACUAUAGAAAAGGAAUCGGUUCUCGCUUGGUGGAUAUGUACAAAGAGGCUUAUGACAGUGUAGAGAUCCCCAAGUUUGUCGACACAGUCACUCCUCAAUACAAACCAAAAUUUGAUGCAUUGUUGAUUGAAUUGAAAGAAGCAGAGGAGAAAUCCUUGAAAGAGUCUGAGCGUUUGGAGAAAGAAAUCGCUGAGGUUCAGGAGCUUAAGAAAAAGAUCAGCACCAUGACAGCAGAUGAGUACUUUGAGAAACACCCUGAGCUGAAGAAGAAAUUUGAUGAUGAGAUCCGGAACGACUACUGGGGCUAUUGACAUCUUUGCUGAUUUAAGGGGCAAGCUUUCAGUCGCAGCCAGAAUUUCUGAGUUGUCUUGUUUCUGUUGUUCUACCCUAAUGAUACCGAACCCUUUUUUGUGUAAUUUGGUUGUUCUGGGUUGGAAAGAUUGGGCUCCUAUAAUAAUUGGGUUUUCUGUGUAGAGAAACAGAUUUAUCCAUUCACUUGAGAACGAAACUGAAUAUUGUAAGACAUGCUUCAUUAAGUGGCAUCCGCAUCCAUGUUUUCAAUGGAAAAUUUUUUCAUCUGCCUUA